AUGACUACUGGUAGUCUGGCUUGUAAACAGUCAGUUGUUAGAACUUGUCCCGUGCGCUAGAACGCUUCGUACAAGCGGCCGCGAGUACGAUGUUCUUGCCCAUCGUUUUGAUAACGUUAUCUGCGCUUUUGCACAGCGCCACCGCCGGAUGCCGCGUGUACUUGAAUGGGAAUCUCACGCAAACCCAUGCACCACUAUUUUUGAAGCAUGUCGGCAAUCAAUACCAUCUCCUGGAACCUACAGGCCCGUACUUUGAAUGGCGUCAAGCGGAAACGAUAGUGGUUGGGUGUUCUCCUGUGAAAAACACGCUGACAAAUACUGAUUCUGACUUAGCCACUAUCACAUGCAUCCAAAAUCAGGAGUUCAACUUAGUUGAAUCUUCAAAACGCAUCGCUUUGGGUGAUAUUAGCUGCAGUUCGGCAGUUUCGGGAGUUAUUCAAAAUUCAAACAAACUAUGCGCCAACGGGGCUGGCCAUCUCUACGACGUAGGAUUCAAUUUUAAAGCAAAUUCAUUAAUCAAGUACUUUCAGGUGUGCUACAACGCUACAAAAUCGUCCACUAUUUACAGAGAACAUCGAAUUCUUGGGAAAGCCAUAAAUCAUGCACAGAUCAACAAUAAUCGACCCGCCUUCAAACUGGGUGGUGUCACAUCAACAGUCCGCCUUGCUUCCGUUUACACGCAACGCCAUCAGCAGGAACGAUUUUCGACACUGCUUGGAUCAUCAGCGCAAGCAGCCAAAUACAUUAACUCAACGUCCUAUCUAGCCAAGGGCCAUCUUACGCCAGAUGGCGACGCGGUGCUUGAUAGUUGGGCGGGAGCAACCUAUUUCUUUAUAAAUGCUGCUCCCGAAUGGCAGGUUGUUAAUGGUGGUAACUGGUUGCGUGUGGAGAACGCAGCUCGUAAAGUGUCAACACAGCUGGACGACACUGUGCAUGUGUUCAGCGGUGUGUACGACAUUCUUCAGCUGCCCGAUAAGAACGGUAAUCCGGUUUCUCUAAGCCUAGGCGAUGAUGGCACAGUCGAAGUACCGAAAUGGCUGUGGAAGGUGGUAGUUCAUUAUCCGUCCGGCAAGGGUAUUGCGCUCAUCUCGCUAAACAACCCAUUCGCAGCGAAAGCAGAAACUUUGUGCGAAGACAUCUGCUCACGGUACGGCUGGCAUCAGAAGGAGUUUCAUGAUUUACGGAAAGGUUAUACGCACUGUUGCAGUGUGCCGGCAGCGCAAAAAGCAAUCAAACUGAUAUCCAAGUCAAUCAAAUGUAAUGACAUACUAGAGCUAAGGUAA